CGCUCGCACACAACGGCGUCCCCAGCGGGAAGACGAUAAUGCAAAGUGCCAUGUUCCUGGCUGUCCAGCACGACUGCGGAUCCAUGGACAAGAGCGCAGGCAACGGCCCCAAGAGCGAGGAGAAGCGGGAGAAAAUGAAGCGGACCCUAUUAAAAGAUUGGAAGACCCGUUUGAGCUACUUCUUGCAAAAUUCCUCCUCUCCCGGAAAACCCAAAACCAACAAGAAAAGCAAGCAGCAAACCUUCAUCAAACCUUCUCCUGAGGAAGCACAGCUGUGGUCGGAAGCUUUCGAUGAGCUGCUCGCCAGUAAAUAUGGUCUUGCUGCAUUCAGGGCUUUUUUAAAAUCUGAAUUCUGUGAAGAAAAUAUUGAAUUUUGGCUGGCCUGUGAAGACUUCAAAAAAACCAAGUCGCCCCAAAAGUUGUCCUCAAAAGCAAGGAAAAUAUAUACUGACUUCAUAGAAAAAGAAGCUCCAAAAGAGAUUAACAUAGACUUUCAAACCAAAACCCUGAUUGCCCAGAAUAUACAAGAGGCUACUAGUGGCUGCUUUACCACGGCCCAGAAGAGGGUGUACAGCCUGAUGGAAAACAACUCUUACCCCCGCUUCUUGGAGUCAGAAUUCUACCAGGACUUGUGUAAAAAGCCUCAGAUCAGCACAGAGCCCCACACUACAUGAGAUGAGAGGGAGCGCCUCGCGGAGGACAUUUCAUGUUUUUCUUAAGGAGAGAAGCUGUGACCCGCCAAAAAGACUGACCUUGAAUUCAGCUGGGUGUGCAGGAAGCAUCACUCAGAACUAUUGAUUCAAACUUGGGUAGUGAAUCACAGGAAGCUGGUGACCGCCUGGGAGAGGUGUGUGUCGGGACAGCCUCCAUCACUGUACAGAGCACAGGGAGAGAGUGGGCUCUGUGGCUCUCACACUAGAAUGAGAGACCGAAAGACACCAGAUGAUACUGUUGGUCCAAAAGCAUUUAAAAUCAAUAGGUCUGGGAUAAUGUGGCCUUAGCUAGCUGGCUGUCCAUUUCUCCUUCUGUCAGUCCAUGCUACCGACAUAGUGGUUUUAGUUUUAGUUUUGUAGUACCGAGUAACAUGAAACUGUUCGCUACGUGUAAGGGGAUCGAAGUUCUUAGGACUACAUAUCAGCAGUACUGUUGUCUCAUGUAACACUAAAACUGAAAUGGUCUGUGUUUGAAUUGUCAAAUGGUGUGUGUAUCAGAAUGUGUGCUGUUGUGUAGGAAGCUCCAGUGUCCAUGAUGAGUGCCAAAGUGCCCUGAAGGCAGCUAAACUAUGAAGUCGUCUUUGAAUACUUUUAAUAAAUUUAUUUUGAUAAAUAAUAUCAUUGUCUGUUUGGUCCAGAGAUAGGUGGGUUUUCUGGUUUGGUAAUGGGAAAUAGAGCAGAUACAAGGACAAACAUCUUUUCCGGUCAAAAGGAGAUAGCAUCACUGAUAUACUUGUUUAGUGAGAAUUGAGAGUCUUCAGAACUGAGAAAAGAGAAUUGCAAAUAAGCCAAAGAAAGUUAGGUCACAUCCUCAGAACCACCCUGUGUGAUCAAGCUUUCGAAUAGAAUCUUGUAAAAACUAAACUUGUUAUUAAUGAAAACAGAAGAAUAUUGACCCAAAGCCCUUCAUGAGUAUCUUUUUU